AUCUGGAGACAGGCAUCAAAUGAACUGACAUAUACCAACUCUUUCAAGAUGAAAUUAUCAGUCAUAUUCGGUGUCAUGCACAUGAUGUUUGGUGUGUGUUUAAGUCUUCUCAAUCAUACUUAUUUCCACAGACCGUUGAACAUAAUAUGCGAAUUUAUUCCACAAGUGCUAUUUCUGAUGUGUAUGUUUGGAUACCUUGUCAUUAUGAUUUUCAUGAAAUGGUUCAUUUUUGAUGCUGAAUCGUCAUCCCAAGCACCUAGUCUCCUCAUUACUAUCAUUAAUAUGUUUCUCCUAAAGCCUCCUGGAUUACUGCUUUACCCAGGGCAG